ACUCGGAAGUGGCGCUUUGCAUUCCCUCUUACUGAGUGUGGCGGGAGAGAGAGUGAGUGUCGGUACCCGACUCACGUUAAAUAAUGGCGGAUACUCUGGAAUUCAAUGAUAUUUACCAGGAAGUGAAAGGAUCUAUGGUGAGUGAUAGUAUUGCAGUUGUCUAUAAAGUUUUUUUUAUUUUAAUUACGGCUUCCAUCACACAGACACAAUACAUGCUUUACCUACAUACCAGGUUAAUAUAUACUGUAAUGUAAUGUCGAAUGGCGACUUAACGCACACAUACACACGAUGCUCCUUUUAAAACUAUUGGCUACAUACACCUCGUUGAAGAUAAAACACUGAUUAAAAUGCUUUAAGGGGUUGGUAUCUACGCGUAGUCUUUUUAUACCAUUGAAUUUUAAGUUCAAUCUGAGACGAUCUACACCAGUGGUAGGUUACUCGGCACUCCAGAUAUGGACUAACUCCAUUAAUAAUUUUACAGCUAUAAUGCUGAAAAAGCAUCAGGGGAGAUGUAGUCCACAACAUCUGGAAUGUGGAAGGUUGCCUACACCUGACCUACACACACUGUCAACCUAAUUUUGAAGUAUUUUUUUUAAUCAUUGUAAAUAUGUUUGUGUUUUUUGUAUAUCUAUAAUAUAUUGAAUUUAGAUCUCUUGCAUAUGGAGUUUAGAAAAAAAUAGUCUGUAUGGGCUUUACUAGUUAUCUUUAGGUUUCAUAUAUAAAAGCUUACAAACCGUGGUUUCAAUUCCAAAGUUUGUCCCACUUUCAUAACCGAAUUUAAAAUGACUCUUUAUUGCAGGCCAGACUCAUGAAUUGGAAACAAAAUCUAAAAAAGCAGCUGUAUGUACUGUAUUUCAUAAUCAUGUGGGUAGUUUUCUGCAAGAGAUUUGUAGAGCAAACAUGCAUGUGUCCAGCAAAUGAAAUAUAUGACAUAAUGUGAAUUAAACGAAGAGAAGACACCAGCUGUUAUACAGAGGUUUAUGAGAUGCAUCUAUUUAACAGGAGUGGACUUAGAAUUAAACAAAAAACCAAAGUACUUGUGGAGCGGUUGUGUAUAUACUCAUUGCAUGCAUAAUGGUGGUUAAAAGCAUAUCUUUAAUAACGUCCAAAAAUAUACCAUACAUUACAAAAAUCCAUGGCAGACUAAAGAAAAUAAUUGAAAAGUUAACAGGUUUAGCAAAAUUUACAAUGGCGGGGGGUGGACAGUACUGACACAUGCCCAUAAGUCUAGAUGCGUUUUGAGUCUGUGUUUAUGCUUUCACAACAGCUCCUCAAUGUGAGCUGAAAUUGACAUUGAUUAGAAAUGCGGAAUGGGUACAUUUAGUGUUGUUGUCCUUCGUUUUUUUGUUUAUUGACUCUGUAUUGUAAUAAUAUUUCAUGUUACAGAAUGAUGGACGCCUACGUGUCUCACGUGUUGGUCUUAUGUACAAAAACAGCAAGACUGGGAAGGUGGAGAAUAUUGCAGCAGCAGACCUUGCUGAGGGAGUAUGGCGUCGUGUGGCUCUUGGAUAUGGCAUCAAAUUACUGACACGCUCAGGCCAUGUGUACAAAUACGAUGGCUUCAGGGAAAUGGUGAGUUACUUUCACAUAAAGUAAAUCGAUGAUGUGUUUUAACCUAGACAUUUUCUGCUUUGUAGGUUUUCUCACAUCUAAUAGAAUCUUGUGUACUGUUAAUCCAAUACUGUUUUAGACUAAAAUACUGUUUUUCGUCAUUGUAUUUCAUAAUCAUAUCUUGUCUUUUAUUGUACACGUUCCACUUACAGGGUUACUGCAAGCAUCAUAAUCACUGGUCCGUCACUCAGGGGAAACCCUUAACGACGAGUGACGGGUCAGUGACGGCAAUCGCGGGGUUAAAGGUGCUCCGGUCUGCCUCUCUAUUAGAGGCAGACCAGGAGCACCCGAUCAUGCUGCUCCUGCAACAGUGCUCACUCGGACAGGCUGUCAGAGCGAGCACAUGUGCUGUGCAUGUACUUAACUUCCGCCACCCUGCACUUCCGGGUUCACUGUGAAGUGCAGGGAGAUGGAUCAGAGCUGAUCAUCUCCUGUUAAAAAAAAUAAAAUAAAUAAAAAUAAAGUUUAAUCAAAAUCCCACGCCCCUUUACCCAUUUUAAUAAAAAAUUAACCCUUCCCUGCCAAGUGAUCACUGACUACAGUGAUCAAUUGGCAGGGAAUACAUUUUACUGUCAUCUGAUUUUUUUUUUAUUUUUUUUUUUUAACCCUCAGGGGUUAAAUUUAUUUUAGACAUGUAUUUAAAUAUUUUAAAAUUAUAUAUUUAGCUGGAGUGGGUGGAAGUUAGUGGGGAAUUGGGGGAUUUGGUGUUAGGCUAAUUAGGGGUUAACGUUAAAAGUUUUAAAAUAAGUUUUAAUAACGUAUAAGCAACAAAAAAAAAACCCACCCCCUUUACCCAAUCCAAAUAAAAAUUAACCCCUUCCCUGCCAGUCGAUCUCUGCCUACAGUGAUCAAAAUACAGAUCACAGCAUUAUACUGUGAUCUAAUUUUUUUUUUUUUACCCCUGAGGAUUAACUUUUAUUUUUUAACCCUCAGGGGUUCAAUUUAUUUAAUGAAUUUUAAUAUUUUAUAAUUAUAUUUUGCUAGCUGGGGUAGGUGGGAGUUAUGGGAAAGUGGGGAAUUUACUGUUAGUGCUGCUUACUGCUAGUUAGGGGUUAACGGUAAAAAUAUGCUUAUAAAAAUGUUAAAUUGGGGGGGAAAAAAGUUUUAGGAAAGUUUAAAAAAAUUAAUAAGCUAAACAAAAGUUUAAAAACUAGUUUUAAAAAGUAAAAAAUACAUUUCAAAAAUGCUCAUUACCACUACACCUGGAACAACCUAGAGAAAAAAUGAUCCCACGCUAAGGUUCAAAAUACGCCUUUUGAAUUACUCCAUUCUUUAAUAAAUAGUAUGUUUGUGGGGAAGUUUUAAUAACCAACCAUCUAAACUACUCCAAAAUGGAACAUGUACACAGCGUAAAACUUCAAAGUUAGAAAAAAACUGGGUGCGUCUCAAAUGUGCACCUUCAACAUCCACAUAUACCUGGCAAAGGUACAUACAGGGGUAUUGCUGUACUCAGAUGACAUAGCUGAGCAACAUAUGUAGUAUUAUACAGUCGUAGCACACAUAAGGUUUGCAAAAUAUACUGUGCAAACUCACUUUGUGUGUCAAAAAGGCAGAAAAAAACGCUUAUUACCACUACACUUGGUACAAGCUAGCGGAAAAUUUAUCCCACGCUAAGCGUCAAAAUAUGCCUUUUGAAAUACCCUGGGAUGUGUUGUUUAAGAAAUGGUAUGCCUUCAUGGUGUAGUUGUAUUAUGUAGCCUGCUCAAGUGCUCCAAAGUGGGCACGGACGCAUCAAAACCCUCCAUGAAAAUUCACACUUAAAAACCUGAACUUGUCACGUCUAUUUUACAGCGCUGUAACUUCACAAAAUAGUGUCUAGGUCAUAUAUUGGGCAUAUUGUUUUACUCAGAAGACUUAGCUGAGCAUAAUUUUGGGGUUUUGAACUUAGUGGCAAACAUGAAAUAUACAAAAUGCCCAGCAAAAAUGUAAUCCAAAUGUAAAAAAAAUGCCCAAAAUUAUUUUUUUUACCACAUACUUUGGCAUAUAUUGGUGAAAAAAUGGGGGCAUGUUAAGGCACAAUAUGCACCAUAUGAGAUACCCUGGAGUGUCUACUUUUACAAAUGGUAGGCCUUUGUGGGGGUUAUAAUACCCCAAAUUGAAGCAUAGGCCAAUUAAAUCCAUCUCUCAAAAUUCGACUGUAAAUACUGAAAAGGACAGGUCUCCUAUAUGGCACGGUAGCUCCACGAAAUAGUGCCAAAGACAUACAAUGGGCUUAUCGUUGUACUCUGUAGAUGUAGCUGAACACAAAAUAAAGUUUUCUGCAGGAAUAACACACACCAACUUUACAAAAUACACAUGAGAUGUUCUUUGUUAUAAGUUUGUGUGUCAAAACCCCCCCACAAUUUUACUCCAAUAUUUAGCAGAGAUUGGCGGUGAAAUGGCUACGUAGAAAAUGUCAAAACAACCUUAGGUAAAUAGCCUGGAUGUCUACUUUAUAUAAAUAUAUACUUUUGUGUGGCAAUUUUGUUUAAUUUUAUGGCUAUUAAAGUUCACUGUGACGAGACCAAUCUCACCACUGGGCAUUGGAGGAGCCUGGUUGCCCGCCUGCUACCUUUAGACUAUGGCCCCAUGUUGAAAUGCUUGAUUUUUCCCCUGCAAAGACACGAAAGCCAGGUCAUUCGGUACUUGCCUUAUUGGAACAGUGAUACCCCAGAUGGCUAUGCCAUGGAGCCCAUUCUGAUAACAAAAGACUAUGUACUAUAAUUCUCCUGUGUGUGGGGUAACCUAAGAUGCCCGGGUUUAAAGUCUUGGUGGUGGCAGUAAAGUGUGUACUAGGGGGUUAGUGUAGAAGGGAUUGCAGGGGUUAACUGAGUGGUUGCUGGGACUUGCAACAGGUAACCAGGGGUCUGGUGUCAUUAACCCUGUCACUUCCACACACUCCCCACUGUCUCAGCUGGGCCUAUAGUCCACGCUCGUGACACCGGGUCAUUCGGUACUUACCAUAUUUGAACAGUGAUACCCCAGAUAGUUAUGCCAUGGAGCCCAUGGCAGUUGAACUGUAUGUAUGUGAUCUGAGCGCCAUUCAGUAAUAAUGUGCGCUCAGGUCUAAGCUAUCUGGGGAUAUGUACCUGUUUUAUGCAAUAGCUGCACAGUUAUAUAUUUUUAUGUAUUUUAUUGUCUGGUUAAGAAUCUCGUUACCUGAAGAGACUAGUUAGUAUUUUUGCAAUUCUUUAAAUAUUGUGCUAAGUAAUAUUUGGUGGGUCUUAUUAUUGAUUUACCUGGGGGACCAAGGCACCCCAUUUAUAAAUUGUCUUGCUGGUGGCAGCGUUAAAAUAGUAAUAGUUAUAUUAUGUUUAAGUGUGGGUGGUGUUAAAAGGGGGAUUUUGUCAUUAUUUCCGGUCUAGUGCAGACAAAUAGUGAACUUUAACCCUUUCACCACCACAACUACCUCGUGCACACUUUUGGAGUAGGGUGCGUUCGUGACAAUCACUAUAGGGUCAGGAACACAAACAUGUAUUCCGGCCUUAUUGUGUUAAAACCACCAUCUAGCCACUCAUGCCUCCAUAAAUAUAGCAACAUCUUACUGUAUUCAAGCCAGAAGCUGUAGAUCUGCAUGCUGUUUGCCUUAAAAAAAAAAAAAAAGCAGUCUGCUGACAUCAUCAGAAGUGGUAGCCUGAUCCAAUCACAAUGCUUCCCCCUAGGAUUGGCUGAGACUGACAAGGAGGCAGAUCAGAGGUAGAGCCAGCAUGAUUCAAACACAGCCCUGGCCAAUCAGCAUCUCCUCAUAGCGAUGACUUGAAUCAAUAAAUCUCUGAGGAAAGUUCAGUGUCUGCAUGCAGAGGGUGGAGACACUGAAUGCUUGCAUGCAUUUUAGGCAGCCAUGACCCAGGAAGGAUCUCUAACAGCCAUCUGAGGAGUGGCCAGUGAAGUUAUCACUAGGCUGUAAUGUAAACACUGCAUUUUCUCUGAAAAGACAGUGUUUACAGCAAAAGGCCUGAAGGUAAUGAUUCUUCUCACCAGAACAAAUCCAAUAAGCUGUAGUUGUUCUGGUGACUAUAACGUCCCUUUAAAGGACCACUAUAGUGCCAGGAAAACAUACUCGUUUUCCUGGCACUAUAGUGCCCUGAGGGUGCCCCCACCCUCAGGGUCCCCCUCCCGCCCGGCUCUGGAAGGGGGAAAGGGGUUUAAACUUAUCUUUUUCCAGCGCCAGCGGAGAGCUCUCCUUCCCCCCCUGGCCUCGCUCGCCGCCCACGCGCGCACGCGGCAGUGCAUGGCUCGUUAGCCAUUCUUCAGAAAAGCAUUUACAGUUUUCCUAUGGACGCUAUGCUCUCAUGCUCUCAUUUUCAAGGUGAGAAGACAUAGCGCCUCUAGUGGCUGUCAAUGAGACAGCCACUAGAGGAUUAGGGGAAGGCUUAACCCAUUCAUAAUUAUAGCAGUUUCUCUGAAACUGCUAUAAUUAUGAAAAAAUGGGUUAACCCUAGAAGGACCUGGCACCCAGACAACUUCAUUAAGCUGAAGUGGUAUGGGUGCCUAGAGUGGUCCUUUAAGCUUACAAGACAAACUUUCUAAAAUCGCUCCACAUUAAGUUUAUUUUACUCCAUGUGCUUUGUGACUUGUAACUACCAAAAAAAAACUUAAAAUCCCAGACACAUAUGUAUUCUGUAAAUUAGAACUAAAUAAAUUUAUUUUUAAUUACUUUCCUUAACCUGCACGAAUUAUGCACACAUUAUAGCAAAAACUGUAAAAAAACAAAUUUUUCGUAUUUUUUUUUUAAUUUUUUUUUAUAAUAAGCAUUUAUAUAUAUAUAUGUUACAUCAAAUUAAAGCCCUUUCUGUCCUUUAAAAAAAACAGUAUAUAAUAUGUGUUGGUGCAAUAAAUGAGAGAUGCAAAUUGCAGUUGAACGCAAACAGCAAGAAAAUGCAAAAAUUGCUUGUCAUUAAGCGUAAGAAAAGCUUCUGAAGCUGCUUAAAGGAACGCUAUAUAGUCACCUAAAUUACUUUAGCUAAAUAAAGCCGUUUUAGUGUAUAGAUCAUUCCCCUGCCAUUUCACUGCUCAAUUCAUUUAGGAGUUAAAUCACUUUGUUUCUGUUUAUGCAGCCCUAGCCACACCUCCCCUGGCUAUGAUUGACAGAGCCUGCAUGGAAAAAAAAAAACUGGUUUCACUUUCAAACAGAUACAAUUAUUUAAGGUAAAUUACAUCUCAAUCUCUAAAUUGAACUUUAAUCACAUAAAAGAGGCUCUUGCAGGGCCUAGCAAGCUAUUAACAUAGCAGGGGUUAAGAAAAUCUCAAUUAAACAGAACUUUCAAUAAAGAAAGCCUAAAUAGGGCUCUCUUUACAGGAAGUGUUUAUGGAAGGCUGUGCAAGUCACAUGCAGGGAGGCGUGACUAGGGUUCAUAAACAAAGGGAUUUAACUCCUAAAUGGCAGAGGAUUGAGCAGUGAGGCUGCAGGGGCAUGUUCUAUGUACAAAAACUGCUUAAUUAAGCUAAAGUUAAGGGGUUAAUGGGACACUGUAUGCAACAUGAAGUUUAGUGUUGUAUUAUAUGGAGAAAGGAGUUUUUGGUUGCCUCCUCCUGUUGUGUGUUUUUUUUAUUUUUUUAUUUUUUUUUUGUCCUUUGGAUGGUAGUGAUAUGCUUUGGUUGUGGGAGGCAUGUUAUUCCAGUACAUUCAACUUAUUGUCAUCCAAGGUUGAAUGGAUUUGAAAAGAUCAUGCAAAAGUAAAUCUUGUAGCUGAGCAAGCUAACGUUUGACAGGGGGAAUGUGAACAGACACUUUACCAGAGAUCUGAGGACCAUUUCAGUCAAUGUGAAUAUGGUUAUGUAAAGUCUACUAAAACAUUCUAUACUGUCUAAACCAUGUGUCCUCAAACUCCGGCCCCCCAGAUGCUGCUGUACUACAACUCCUGUGAUUCUCUGGCUAUCUAUGUAAUUCAUGGAAGUUGUAGUUCAGUAACAUCUGGGGGGCCGGAGUUUGAGGACCCAUGGUCUAAACUGUCUAUUAUUGCUUUCUACUCAUUUUUAUGUUAGACUGCAGAUAUAUAUGUUUGAGAGUGUUGUUUUAAGAAUGGUUUUAUUUACACAGACAUGACUUGACUAUGUACAAAUUUUUAAUUGGAAACGGUGUGGCGUAUGCACUUUAUUAUUUAUAUUGAGUUUAAACCAUUGACAAUUUUACAGUUAAAAAAAAGUAAAUAAAAACAAUGUGAGAACCAGCCUAGGGCUAAUAAUACACAUUCAGCCAUUCCAUAGAGGCAGAGGAAAUUUUGCAACUGCAACCCCAAAAGAAGCACUCUAACCACUAUAAUCAAUACAACUUAUGGUAGUGAGAUCUGAGGACCAUUUCCUGUUCACAUUCCCCCUGUCAAACGUUAGCUUGCUCAGCUACAAGAUUUACUUUUGCAUGAUCUUUUCAAAUCCAUUCAACCUUGGAUGACAAUAAGUUGAAUGUACUGGAAUAACAUGCCUCCCACAACCAAAGCAUAUCACUACCAUCCAAAGGACAAAAAAAAAACACACACAACAGGGGGAGGCAACCAAAAACUCCUUUCUCCAUAUAAUACAACACUAAACUUCAUGGUGCAUACAGUGUCCCAUUAACCCCUUAACUUUAGCUUAAUGAAGCAGUUUUUGUGUAUAGAACAUGCCCCUGCAGCCUCACCGCUCAAUAUUGGGCGUAUUGGAUUUUAUUGCACUGUUUCUGCCACUUUUGAUUCCAUGGCAGAAUGUGCCUCUUCCGCUCCCCCUUUUUCUAUCCAUUGUUCUCCAGCAGGGCGUUGUCCCAGGGACACUGCCAGACCAGUUGAAGUUGGCUGCUUUGUCCCUCCUCAAUCUCUCAUCAGCCCUUGCUAAACUUUAACCCCAUGGCAAAUUUACUAUGUUCGUGGGAUCUGAGCGCUGUUCACCUAUAUUGGGUGCUCAGAUGCGAGCUAUCUGGAGAUAGGUUAAAUGUGGGGGUUCUGUGUAAUAUAAUAGGAAUUAGGUAUUUUACUGUUAGUGUAAAAUGGAGAUAUUUUCUGUACCUGAAGAUAAUUGAGUUUACUGCCGUUCCUUAAGCCAAUUAUCUCCAGGAUAGAGGGGAGGGAUUUUACUGUGUAUGUGGGAGUGUUAUUUUAUUAAAUAAUGUUACCAUUUGGUUUGUGUCCCUUUUGUCACAGUUUACCACCAGGUCUAGGGGGUGUGCCUCUGGCCUGAAAACCUGUAUAAAAGAGAGUCCUUUUCUGUGCAUUAAAUUGAUGAUCUUGACCCUCAACACGUAGUCUUGUCUCGUGAUUGGAGGGAACUGCUAUAAUCACACUGGGGAUUGCUAUGCUCUGCAUACUCCCUUGAGCUUUAAUCACUUAGCUCUUCUAAGAGCUGUUCCUGAUACGCUCUCCUGGAGGAGAGGUCUUCCCCACACAGUCCUGGAUGUCGGAGGUUCAUACAGUGUGGAAGGAAGAGGUCUUUCCCACACGGUCCUGGAAGACAGAAGCUGAUCCAUUGUGGAAGUAAGAUGGCGAGACUACCAGUUAAGCUACGGCGGUUGUGGAGUCUGCAGUGGUUGUGGUGUCCGGUCCUUGGCGAAAGCUAGGAAGCGUCCAUCAACGGAAGGUACUCGGUCGGAGUACAGGUGAAUCCGUUAGUCAUAAAACUACAUGUAAAGCCCAAACAUAUAGUCGUAUCUGAUGUAUCUCGUCUUUUCUUCAUAUGGGUAGAGUUGUGUGAAUUUCAAACUUAAAGGACCACUAUAGUGCCAGGAAAACAAACUCGUUUUCCUGGCACUAUAGUGCCCUGAGGGUGCCCCCACCCUCAGGGUCCUACUCCCGUGGCGCUGAAGGUGGAGGAAGGGGUUAAUCCCUUACCUCUUUUCCAGCGCUGGGACUCUCCUCCCUCUUCUUCCGUCAUUGGCUGAAUGCGCGUGCGCGCAUUCAGCCAGUCUCAUAGGAAAGCAUUCUCAAUGCUUUCCUAUGGACGCUGGCGUCUUCUCACUGUGAAAAUCACAGUGAGAAGCGCCUCUAGCGGCUGUCAAUGAGACAGCCACUAGAGGCUGGAUUAACCCAUAGGUAAACAUAGCAGUUUCUCUGAAACUAUGUUUACAGCAAAAAGGGUUAUACCUAGAUGGACCUGGCACCCAGACCACUUCAUUGAGCUGUAUUGGUCUGUGUGCCUAUAGUGGUCCUUUAAGACCAGAAUAGCCAAACUGGAAGCAUAGUUUGACUAACAAGAAUUGUUCCAGUUCUGCUAUUUUGACCUUGAAUUUGAAAUUCACUUUGAAUUGUUAUUUUACAGAGUGCAGAGUUGCAGUCCAUGUAGUUGUAAUGCGAGCUCCAGCAUUGUGCAAGAGCGUUGACAUGGUAAUCUGCGGCAAUGCUCUGAAUGGACAUGGCUUGCUAACACCUAAUUCACAGUGGUGGAGAAAUGAGCAGUGAGACUGCAGGGCAUGAUCUAUACACCUAAACUACCCCAUUAAUUGUUAUAGGGCUUUUUAAGUAGACUAACAAGUAUCCUGAAAAGAGAUAAAAGUAAUGAAAUUUGCAGGUGAAAGUUCUAUUUAAACUUUUAUUUAACUGUUUCAGGAAUUUGAGAAGCUGUCUGAUUACUUCAAGACCAACUUUAACGUUGAACUAGCAGAGAAGGAUUUGUGUGUGAAAGGUUGGAAUUGGGGUAGUGUUAAGUUUGGAGGUGAGUGCAUUUCAUUAUCUCCAUUGCAUUUGUUGCUUGUCUCAUUUCCAAAUCUUCCAUAUUUUCCAUAUGUUUUGAUAUCUUACUGUAUGUUUUUUGUAUGUCGAAUAGUGUGCGCACACAUUUUUACUUCUAUUAAAAGUAAACUCCAUGCACCAAAAAUCUCUACAGCCCGUUGUAGUGGUUAUGCUGCUAGAAAUACCUUGUUGCCCUCCUUGGGUAAGUAGUCAACUGUUUGAGAACAGUUUGCCUCUUCCGCUCCCCCUUUUUCUAUCCAUUGUUCUCCAGCAGGGCGUUGUCCCAGGGACACUGCCAGACCAGUUGAAGUUGGCUGCUUUGUCCCUCCUCAAUCUCUCAUCAGCCCUUGCUAAACUUUAACCCCAUGGCAAAUUUACUAUGUUCGUGGGAUCUGAGCGCUGUUCACCUAUAUUGGGUGCUCAGAUGCGAGCUAUCUGGAGAUAGGUUAAAUGUGGGGGUUCUGUGUAAUAUAAUAGGAAUUAGGGUCCACCAGUCAUCUAUUCCUUUGGAACCGGAAACUCAUUCAAAAAGCUUAAGUUAGCUUCACUCUGCUAAGCCCUAAUAUGCAGAGCCAUCACAUUGGCUCUCAGCUGACCACUCUCCGCCAAUGAGCUGACUGAACCUCAAGUAAGUUGUCAGUCCAUUUUUAAAAUGGUAUGACUACUUACCUUGGCAGGGUGUCGCAAUAUAAAUGCCAAUAAUAGUAGUCUUUACUGUUUCAUCAUUUUUGGAUUUCAUUUUUGUUCACUGGGCUCAUUUUAUCUGUGUUCAAAAUGGGACUUUUUUUGUUUUUAUUUGUUAAAACAGGACAGCUGCUUUCCUUUGAUGUGGGUGACCAGCCAGCUUUUGAACUUCCUCUCAGUAAUGUGUCUCAGUGUACCCCGGGCAAAAAUGAAGUUACACUUGAAUUUCAUCAAAAUGAUGACUCUGACGUUUCACUAAUGGAGAUUCGUUUCUAUGUUCCUCCUAAUCAGGAUGAUGGAGGAGACCCUGUAGAAGUCAGUGUUUUAGCUCUCAAUUUCUUCAAAGUUAUUUCAUAAGUCCAUCUACAUUUAUUUAUUUGUAGUGUUUUUUUCCUGAUGUUAUGUUCAACAUAAAGAAGACCAUAACCAUAUGCACGCAGUUCUUUUUGUAAUGCAUUUUUAAAGGGGCAGUAUUGGUGGUAAUGUACCAAGAGUUCCAGUUGUUAAGAAACACAAAUUUUUGAAUGUUACGACCUACUUAGGUCUGCUGGAUGCAUAUGGUCUGGCUCCUCUUCAUAAAUAUCGCUAAAGUGGAAUUUCCUACUUCCAAUGUUGGACAAAUCUGAUAUUCUUAAAGCAGGAAGGGAACUUCCACUUUUGCUAUAUCUGUGUAGAGAUAUAUUGCUUGGGUGAGUAUAACCAGCUUAAGGUCCAAUCUUUCGAAAAGAGAUUUUCCAUUGCCCUGUUCAUACCUUCUUGGCACCAGGAAUCAUAAUUUAUUUUCAUAGGUUAGGCAGACUUUUUGCAGGGUCACUCUGGGCAAGUAGUAAGUUAAUUUCCCCAUAAACCUUAGACAGUACUCUAAAUACUGGCUUAAGUGUUAAUUUUCACAAUGAGAGAGCGGGAAGGCAAAAAGCAUGGGAGUGUGGACUUGAUGCUGAAAUAAAUGGAGUGGUAGGAAGCCUGUUUCCACUGGCCUAAACCCAGUCUCCUAGACCAAUAAAAGUACAUUGUACUGAAGAUGUCAUACAUUGAAUAGGAAUACAUUUCAACUACAGUUCAGUCAUUCUCUGUGAAAUCUUCUCGCAACUUUAAAUCCGUCCUGGCAGGGGUUCACAAAAUGUUGGACCUAUACACACAGGUGUACCUAGGUUAUUUGGCAAUCUGGUGGGAAUAUAUGCUGGCAAAUCUCCUACCCCAGGUAUGUAAAUGUUAUUGUGUGCCCAUGUGUUAUGCACCACUACUCCAUUUUGGGUGUAAGACACAAUAGAUCGUUCAUACACUCACAUCACAUGUUUAAUAUAUUCACAUUAAUUUACAAACACAAAUUUUUGUGUAGUUGCACACAUUCAUAUUUUAUACACACACAUGCACUCACGUGCAUAUACAUAAACACACUAAUUUAUCUGUCCUUUACUGUACAGCCCUUGGGCUGGAGUAAUGUCACCUGCCUCCACUACAUGGAGCCGCAAGACCUCAGCCUGCACAAUUGCUUUAAGCAGAGUACGCACCUGCCACACUGUCAAUAUUGGCAAUAGAUGGGUGCCUGCUUUGCCUAAUGAUAUCACCGGCUCUACAGGUUGGUACACAACUGCCGAUGCCUGUAGAUGAUGUACAAGAUUUUCUGCAUUAGAGACUAUAACCCAUGAGUGGGUAUUUUAGUCUUCCAGUCACAGCGGGCCAUACGUCUGUAGGCAAGAAGUUAGCACCCAAGAUUACAUUCUGUAUAAUUUUCCAUGCAUUUUAAAGAGGCAAUGCUAGACUAGGGUAAUUGCCGUUUUGUUUACUUUAAAUAUGAAUUUAAAUGUUUUAUGUUUGUUUUUUAAUCUUCAGGCUUUUGUUCAGAAUGUUCUGUCUAAGGCUGAUGUAAUUCAAGCAACUGGAGAUGCAGUGUGUAUAUUUCGUGAAUUGCAGUGUCUUACCCCACGUGGUCGUUACGAUAUUCGAAUAUACCCCAGUUUUCUUCACUUGCAUGGAAAAACUUUUGACUACAAAAUACCAUAUACAACUGUGCUUAGACUUUUCCUGCUUCCACACAAAGACCAGAGACAGAUGUUUUUUGUGGUAAGUUUGUGGUGUAGUUUUUUUUGUUGAAAUGUAUUUAUUUUUUAUUUCCUCCACAUAAAAUUCAUUAAAACAUUGCAAGAAUGCAGCAAGCAAACUAUAUGCUAAAGUAAUACCAGUGUUUUUAAAGGGACACUAUAGUCACCAGAAUCACUAUAGAGCUUCAGCUUAAUGUAGUGGUUCUGGUGUCUAUAGCAUGUCACUGCAGUCUUAGCACAGUAAACGCUGCCUUUCCAGAAAAUACCUCUAGGUGCAAUCACUUCGACGGUCACUAAAGGUGCUUCCUAUUUCAGUGCUGCUUUGUUUGCCGCACUUGCGUUCUGCAUAGAGACACUGAAAGCUCCAUACAGCUUAGCAUUGAUUCAGUGCACCUCUAAAAGGAGAUGCUGAGUGGCGCGGGCCAAAGGCUUGCCGCGUAUACGCAAUAGCCUCCCAAUUCUCUCCUAUUAGAAAGUAUUCAGUUGGCUGAGAUCAUCAAAAUUGAUCAUCUCAGGCAUGGAGGUGAGACCAGUGCAGUGAUGGAGAAAAGGUAAGUAACUCCUUUUAACUACUUACUGUGGGGGCCCGACACCCAUAUAGGUAGUCCAACACUAUAGUGUUAGAAGUACUUGUUUAUAUCCCUAACACUAUAGUGUUCCUUUAUUAUGAUCUAAUUUGGUAAAAGUGCCAGAUUAAACAGAUAGGUAUACCCAUAACUAUAUUCCUAAACUCCUGGAAUCAACACCUCCCAAAUAGUCGACCGCUAAAGUUAAACAGAAUGACUUAUAACGCUAGUAAAUAAUUUUUUUGGGGUAGCAACCAUCUAGAAGCGUGGUGUUUUUUUUUUUUACUUAGCUUAAAAUAACUAAAUAUGCCCUGGACCUUAAUUAUUUUUUUUUUGUUUAAAUCUCUGCCCGUCCUCCAUGGCAGUCAGGUAUUGGAGUGAUUGCGUCUCGUUCUCGUGGCGGAGAUUUAGUUUUUCCUCUCGGAAGAGGUCAGUGUCUGCGGCUAUAUCAUGACAUAACAAGCAGCUCCAAUUAAUAGUCUCAGUAUUUUUCUUACGCUUGACAAAAGGUGGAGCAAUGACCAUUGACGGCGGAAGGAAAAUUAAGCUCUUUUUAUUGAGGGUCCUCUUUAGACCUCAGUGUUGUAGUCUGAAACUCCAAGAGUUGAAUAACAGAAUCAAAAGGAUGGAAAACUUCACCAUUCCCCUCCCAUCAUUUCAAACGGCCCCUCACCGGCAAAGCCACAGAUGACGGAGCUGCUUUAUGCUUUAUUAGAAAUGUACAAAAAACCCUCUACAAUGACUUUAACAGCUUUAAUAAUUUUUUAGAGGCACAAUAUAUAAAUUUUUUUUGAAAAAGGCUGUGAUAAAAAUUAAAGAAUUUGACUGGACUAAAUUUUUAUUUUUUAUUCAAAAGAAAUCUGCCAUUUUGUUUCAAGAAUAUUUUUAUUAGCCUUAUUAAUUUUUUAUUUAAUUUUUGCCUUUAUUUUAUUUAUUUUUUAAAUUCUUUAUUUUUUGUGUGGAAUGUGAAGUACAUGUGCAAGGCCACAAUAGCCUCCAUACGUCAAACAAUAACAUAUACAUUAUGCACGAAGUAUUGCAAGAUUCUAGUCACACACUUUUUAUGGUUAUAAUAGGUCUCAAUGUUAUAAUGAGUGAAUUGAAAUGUAAAACUGUUUGGGUAAAAGACACCCGUCUAAUUAGAUCACCACGACUAUUGUGAGGCUGUAGGUUGAGGGGAAUGGGCGGGUUUCGGCCAAGUCUGAUAACUGUUUUUGUACCCCAGUCAUGUCUCUUUAGGAUAUAAGUGUGUGAUGUCUCAUGGACUCGAUGCGUAUGGACGGGGAGUGGGUUGUGAUGGUUACAGGGUUACUCUGUGUGUCACCCUAUCGUGGCUAGAUCCGGUCCCCUGUCGCUUGAGGUUAUAUUUACUGGUGUACACCAGUGUGUGUGUGUUGUAUUCUGGGAGUCAUAGGGUGUCGUUUGGUCAUAGGAGUGGCUGUGUUUGUGUGCUGGUCAAUUUUGCAACUCUGAAAGGUUUGGGUCUAGGUGUAUGGGAGUCGCUGUGUUGCGCCUGGGUCCGGCCGUGCCUGUGGGGCGUCAGGCUAGAAGUGUGAGGCAUGUCGGUAGGCGUGGUACCGGUCAGGGUUACAGGAUUACUAGGUCGGUGCUGCUGUCAUUUCCUUUUAAACCCAGGGAAGGGGGUGUCACCUGAGCAGUAAUAGUCAGCUCCAUUGGGCCUUUUUUCCUAUUGUAAUGACCAUUGGGGUAAGACAAACUAUGUAAAGUUAGGAACAAUAUUAACAUAAAAUAUUUAAACUAAAGCCUAAGAGGCUAUAUGCAGAGAGUGUUCGUUCAGGUUUCGGUGCCUCUACUUGGUCCAGGUGUCGCGGUUAGGUCUGUGCCUGUUGUUCCCGGCCGGUGAUCUAGCUGUGUCGUUGGGGCCGGUGCAGGGUUUUUCUUUGUAUAGCUGCCAUUAGCCCCAGUUUGUCAGACAUUGAUUGGCAUCUUAGUAUUAUGUCUCGUGGAGCUGAGGUGGGUGCCUGUAAGGAUUUGGUUAUCCUGUAGACCCCGUCGAAUUGAAAAGGAUUAGCUUGUCUGGUCGGUAGGAGUGCGGCCACGAGGCGCCUGGUGAAGUGUGGUAGUUCCUCCAGCGGCACUGUCUCAUGUACCCAUCUGAUCUUGAUGUUUUUGCGUUGCCUUCUGUCGUCUAGUAAGUUAACUUGUCUGGACAUUGUCGCUUGUGUGGAUUGUAGAUGGUGCAACUUCUCCCCCAUUAUUUGGUAGUACUCCCUCAAUCCCUUAACCUCCUCUUUUAUCGCCUGGUUGCGUGAGGACACUGUGUGUACAUCUAGCUUUAAUACAGCCAGAUCUGCUUCCCACAUUUGUCACAAGUUCUGUUGCAUGCCUGCCAGCAUUUCCUGUAUGUCUUGUUUUGAGGCCGGUGUAAUGGCUUCUGACCUCCCUGCUUGUGUGGGGAGUUGGGGACUGUGGUGUGGGCUGUCCUGCGGUUCCCCCUCCUCUGAGGGCAGCGGGGAUUCUUUACAGGGGGCUGGGUCUUCACUGCACUUGGGGCGUGUAGCAUUUGACCUACAUCGUGCUGCAGAUUCGGCGUGCCUUGGGGUGGUUUUUGGGAUCUAUGCCCCAUCUCACCUGAGCUCAGUGCGCUGGGGUUAGUUGGAUCUUCUGCUAAAUAUAGGCUAGUGUCCUACACUGAUAAAGGUAGAAUUCUUACUGUUAAGAUGAGAUAAAAUAAUUAGAUCGUAAGGCUAACAAAAGGCUGACAAAGCAAUUGCUGAUGAAGAAAUAGGAUUUUUAAUUUUUUUUAUUGUACCUACGGCAAGGUUUCUAGGGCGGAAUGUAUAAAAAUGAUGGACAGGCAGCUAAGAUGGAAGGGUUCUGUUGCAGGAUAAAUGGUUGUGGAUAGGGUUGUACCGAAAUUUGGAUGCCAGGCUGGAGAUGCCUGGGGUGACCCAAAUAUGAGUUAAGCCUUUCUAGAAUACUGCGGUGCAUAUACAGGUGAUACUCUAAAAAUUUGAAUAUCGUGCAAAAGUUCAUUUAUUUCAGUAUUUUCAGUAAUGCAACGUAAAAGGGGAAACUAAUAUGAGAUAGACGCAUUACAUGCAAAGCAAGAUAGUUCAAGCCAUGAUUUGUCAUAAGUGCGUAAUUAUGGCUUACAGCUCAUGAAAACCCCAAAUCCACAAUCUUAGUAAAUUAGAAUAUUACAUGUAAUCAAUAAAACAAGGAGUCUACAUAGAACAAUAUCGAACCUCUGAAAAGUAUAAGUAUGCAUAUGGACUCAGUACUUGGUUUGGGCUCCUUUUGCAGCAAUUACUGCCUCAAUGCAGCAUGGAAUGUAAGCCAUCAGCCUGUGGCACUGCUGAGGUGUUAUGGAAGACCAGGAUGCUUCAAUAGCAGCCUUCAGCUCUUCUGCAUUGUCCAGUCUCAUGUCUCUCAUCUUUCUCUUAGCAAUGCUGGCCAAUCAAGCACAGUAAUCCCACGUUAAUUGAACCAGGCUUUGGUGCUUUUGUCAUUGUGGGCAGGUGCCAAGUACUGCUGGAAAAUGAAGUCCGCAUCCCCAUAAAGCUCGUCUGCGGAAGGAAGCUUGAAGUGCUCCAAAAUCUCCUGGUAGACGGCUGCGUUGACCCUGGGCUUAGUGAAGCACAAUGGACCAACACCAGCAGAUGACAUGGCUCCCCAAAUCAACACAGAUUGUGGAAACAUCACACUGGACUUCAUGCAUCUUGCAGUGUGUGCCUCUCCAUUCUUCCUCCAGAAUCUGGGUCCUUGGUUUCCAAAUGAGAUGCAAAAGUUGCUUUCAUCAGAAAAGAGUACUUUGGACGACUGAGCAACAGACCAGGUCUGGUUUUCUUUAGCCCAAGUAAGACGCUUCUGACGUUGUUUGUUGAUCAGGAGCGGCUUGACAAGAGGAAUAAGACAUCUGAAGCCCAUGUCCAGGAUCCGUCUGUGUGUGGUGCCUCUUGAUGCACUGACUCAAGCCUCAGUCCACUCCUUGUGAAAGUCCCCAACAUUUUUGAAUGGCUUGUGCACCUUUUUCUUCCACACUUUCCCUUCCACAUAACUUUCUAUUAAUGUGUUUUGAUACAGCACUUUGGGAACAUCCAGCUUCCUUCACAAUUGCCUUUUGAGGUUUUCCCUCCUUAUGGAUGGUGUCAGUGAUGGUUUUCUGCACAACUGUCAAGGCCCAGAAACCCUUUGCAGGUGUUAUGGCUUACUUCUAGAGAAUAAAGAUUAUAGGUUGCGCCAAAAAACACUGAAAAAUAUAUAAUCAAAAUAAAUAGAAUAAUUGUGAAAAUAACACAGCGAUAUGCUAUAGACUAGUAAAGACACGGUAUGUACUUACAUAUAUCAAUAAAGAUAAAAUAGAAAUAAGUCCUGAUAACAAAUGAGCAUGUGGAAGGCCAGGUCCACUUGUAGGGACUUGAUUGUAGUGGCGGUCUAUGCAGAUUGUAGAGCUGAAAAGUGAUCUGGUUCUCUUGACCCGGAUGGAGAUAAAAAGGGGAAAAUUCCAAUAGUGCAGACUGCGACUUAAAAUACGUAGAAAUACAAACUUCACAGCAGGGAGGUAUUGGACUCCCCUAUUGGAGAGCUGGAACUAGCUCAAGUAUAACUCGCAUUCAGUGGCGUCGAUCCCCCACUGGUAGAAUAUUGGUGUUGAUGAACAGAAGAGGUCCUCAGUGUGGAAAGGAAGAUAAAACAAAUAUAGUGCUCACUGUAUAUUACAGCAGAUAGAAAGAAGAACAUGGAAUACUCACAUUUAAGUGAGCAGAAUGUGCUGCUCACUUUUAUAGCGUAGGUGGUAUAAUCCCCACCUGGAAUUCUUGAGCGGGUGAGUGAUUCGAUGUAAUGAAUGAACAGGUACAAAUAAAUUAAAAAUUAUAAAAUAAAACUUUAAAAGUAGGGAUAAAAACAAAGGUAUAUGGCAACUGCAGAAUAAUAGCCAAUAUUCCUUUAUUAGUACAUUAAAAAAGUUUUUUAAAAAAUAGCCAAAACGCGUUUCGCCACACAGGGCUUUAUCAACUGGCAAUUUAAAAACACAGACCUGGUAUAUAUAGGCUGUAAAUCAGUUAACAAUUUCAAAUUUGUCGCCAAAAUGAAUUAUAUGAACACAGUGUGAAACAGAAUAAAGGUAUUACAAUAAUACAUAUCUUUUAUAAAAUAUAAAAAGUCUUUUAAAUUUGUUAAAAUUAACUUAUUUGUACAAUAAAACAUAAUAAUUAAACGGAAAGUUCUUACUUCCGGUUUCGGGCGAUCACGUGAGGCAAGGCAAUCGAUGACUCGUUUGCGUCACGUGCUUCACCGCAAUUAAGCUUGGGAGAUGUAGGCUGCAGGGAGCCCCCGUGUGCGUGAUACGGCUAAACGGGCGGCAAACUGCAGCUGGGCGGGGACUUCCCGAAUGGGGGAUGUUCUAGGACAUCCCAGCUUGAAAAGAUGUUGUGUUUUGAGCGCAACCCACGCUGAGGGACAAUAGGGACAAUAUGUUAGGUUAUUAGAUCAUUUUUAUUGUCCGUCAGGCCUUUUCUUUUGACGAUUUGUGAGGGAACGUCAUUAUUUUAGGUUGCAGCCUUUUUACAUUCAGUCUAUUUUCUAUUGAUCACUAAGCGCUGAACCCACUACCUUGUUAUGGCUUACUUAGCUGAUUAGAUUGGGACACUGUGAGUCUAGAAUAUUGCACCUUUUCACAAUAUUCUAAUUUACUGAAAUUGUGGAUUUGGGGUUUUCAUGAGCUGUAAGCCAUAAUCAUUGCACUUAUGACAAAUCACGGCUUGAACUACUGUCCUUCCCCCCCACCCCUGAGCGGCGGGUGGGGCCCUAAAUAAAAAUUCACCACCCCCCCCAAAUCAAGGUGACUAGGGGUUCCAAGCCCCUAGUCACCCCCCACCCAAAUAAAAAUAUCCCCUACCCCCUCACUCUAAAAAUAGGGAGGGGGGAAUAAAAUAACUAACCUGUAAACAAAAAUUAAACUUUAUUUAACCAUUUGACGUCUUCUUUUUUCUAAAAUCUUCAUUUUUCAGCCCCAAAAAAGGCCAAAUAAAAAGCCAUCAUACCCGUCGAGCUUAAAAUAAAAUAGAAAACCCUAGCGCAAAAAAAAAAAUCCAGACGAAAAAGAGAAAACACGCUAAAAAAAUUAAUCCAUCUUCACCCAUGGAGGGCUCUGCAGGGCGGGGAAGGCUUAUAAAGCCUUGCCCCGCCCUGCAAUUAUGCCUAGAACACUCUGGUUGUUUUAAGCUGUGUAAAAUGACAAAGAGCACUCUGAUUGGUGGGCUUGGAAUCUAACCAAUCACAGUGCUCUGUAUAAUUUUACACAGCGUGGGGAAGUUCGUGGGAAACUUCUCACAACUUGCACUAAUGCUUCCACGGAGGAGGAGAGGGACGGAUGGGCACUCGGGGACACAUCUUUAGUACUAAACCAUUCAAGUACAGUUUAACACUUAAAAGACUGCACUGGUGUACUCCAGGCACUGAAACAACUUAAUUGAGAUACCUGUAUUAUGCCAGGAGGUGUGUGUUUUUAAAAAUAAAAAAGAGCUACAUUUUCUUUAAUGUGAUGGAAAACAUAUAUGUAUUUGUCAUGAAAUUGCAAUCCUCUGGAUUCCUUCUAAAGCUAUCAAAAUUUUAUGUCAAAGGGGACAGUUAAUCGCGAUUUCCUCUUCUAGAAAUACAUUUUAAUAGGUUUUUAUAACAUCCAUAAUAUUUAAUUUUUUUUUAUUUUAUUUUUUGUCAACCAGUAUGAUUCAGUAAAUCAUAUUUUUUUGGGAUUUGAUGGAAACAAAAUAUAAGAUUGUAAAUAUAACUGUCUGACUCUUAAAUUUUACUUCGACUGGCGUUUUGUCUCCCACAGAUCAGUCUGGAUCCACCUAUUAAGCAGGGACAGACACGGUACCACUUUCUAAUUCUGCUUUUCUCAAAAGAUGAGGAUAUCAACUUGACACUUAACAUGAGCGAGUAAGUAAUUUCAUUGUUGUUUAAUUGUCCUGUUAAUUUCACUUUUACUCCUCUUUCACUUAGAAAUAGGUUAUGGUGCUGGUAGGUCCCUGGCACACGUUUACCUUCAGGGUUUAAUCCUGAAGACCUGGGCCGGUCAGCUCUGCCCCUCCAUAUCCACUUGAGUCCAAGGCUUGAACCCUGAAACCUCAGGGUUUGUUGACACUCUCAACCUAUCUGUGGUGCCCAGUCCUAUGCUUCCUGCUUUUAGCCUUGGACUCAAAUGGAAGUGGGGGAGAGGUAGAGCUGACCGGUGCCGGACAGAAGAGUUUGAAGUUAAAUUGUUUAAAUGAUUUAACCCCUAUAGGUAUGCUGGCACGUGGGACCUCCUGAUAAUUUAACAACUUUAUUCAUUCUGGAUUGUUCUUUUUAGAGCUUUAUCAUUGGCUAUUUACUCUGCACUUUCUCUCUUCUUUUGCAUUUGACACAGCUGCUCUAUAAAAAGCACCGUGCAAAAUAUAUAGAAUUACAUUUUUGAACUUCCACUUUUUUUUUUUUUUGUGGUCAUUUUGAACACUCAUUUUAUUUUAAAAAGUAAAUUAUUUUGCUUCCCUUAUUUGUGUGUCUUUGCACAUAAUUUUCUCCAAUGUUUUUUCAUCCUUAUUAGAGAAGAAGUGGAAAAACGCUUUGAAGGGAAGCUGAAGAAGACCAUGUCAGGCUGUUUGUAUGAAAUGGUUAGUCGUGUUAUGAAAGCUCUAGUAAACCGCAAGAUCACAGUGCCAGGAAAUUUUCAGGGGUAAGAAAUGGCAAAAUUCUGUUUCAAAGAGUGCUGUAGAGAGAUGUCUGGUGUGCUAAAGAUUUUGUCUAAGCACACUUUUCCUAUCAGAGCACAGAACAUUUUGAAUUAUACUAUAGCAACAUUUUUAUUUUAUUUUUUCUCUCUGUUUUUUAAUUUACAAGUCUCAUAGACAUAACUUAAUAUACCUACAUCAUACAAAUCAAAAUUAUACUGUAUAAUUUGUAUCCCUUUUCCCUUAUCUUAAGCUUUAUCAUUCAUACAGCAGAAUAUUUGUCUCCACUUCAAGUGACUUUGUGAAUUUUUUUAUUUAUUUUUUGUUAAAUGUACUGUACUGUCUAAUUCUGUCAGACAUUUAGCCUUUACUUUAGGUUAAGUAGUUCUUAAAUAGUUAUUCUUAUGUUAAAUGGCACUCUAUAUCUAGAACAAGAAUACCGCCUUUUAAAAGAACACUCGAAGCUCUAUAUCUGUAGUGGUUAUGGUGGCAGGAGCUAUUUAGAUUUACUGCAACUGUGACUUCACUUGCAAAUCACACUUUUAUGAGUAACCCUACUGGUAAUUUAAUGACUGAACGUUUUUCCAACAUUUUUGUUAAAUUUGAAAAUUUUGUGGUUAAUCAGUGGAAAUAUUUAUUUAAACAUUAAAAAAAAAAAAAUGGUAUAAAAGACUGUUUACAAACAAGAUGUUAUAAUGAUUGUGUUUGCAGGCACUCAGGAGCUCAGUGCAUCACGUGUUCUUACAAGGCCAGCUCAGGACUGCUGUAUCCCUUGGAACGUGGCUUCAUCUACGUCCACAAACCACCAGUCCACAUCAGAUUUGAUGAAGUAAACUGUGUUAACUUUGCUCGUGGCACAACAACAACGCGCUCUUUUGAUUUCGAAAUAGAGACUAAACAAGGCUCCCAGUAUACAUUCAGCAGCAUUGAAAGGUUAGUGAUAACGUAAGCCUUCUAGAACAUUGAGCUUCAAAUCUGAGAUACCUAGUCUUGAUUGUAACUGGAGAGCCCGAUCAAUUGGUUUUUGAGGACCUCAAGAUCAUUGGUUUCUGUAAUGAACAGAAAAAAACUGGUUUAAAAAAAAAAAAAAUUUUAUCCUCGGGACUGUCAUCUAUUUCAUUUUGUAGCUUUGUUGUUGUCAGAUGUUUUAGAGGCUUCUGCAAACAAACUAAAAGGCUAAUUUGUUGAUGGAAUAUUAUGGGACAAUGUCAUUAGUUUAUUAGUCAAGGAACACUCCAAGCAUCAUUACAACUGCAAGGUGAUGUAGUAGUUAUGGUGGUAGGAGCACAUCCAGUGUAAGUAGUCAAAUCAUUUGCGGUUUGACGUCUUACCUAAGAUCUGCUGAGCGUCAGUCAUUGCUUCUCUGCAGCUUAUAUUGAGAGCUUGAAGCUCCUGCUAGGUGCUUCUGAUGGCUCUCCUCAGCUAUAUCACUCUCAACCAAUUGGUUAAGCCUUGCAUUGCCAACCUUAGCUCAGUGAAGAGAGCGUGCAGUGGCAAAGAUGCAGGGAAUGACUCUUGGGAAGAAGCUAAAAAGCAGUUGUUUGCACUCUGUAGUGGUUAUGGUGCUUGGAGUGUUUGUGUUGCUCUUUUUUAGUUUUUCUUUGGUCUUUUCAGGGAGGAAUACGGAAAGCUGUUUGACUUUGUGAAUGCCAAGAAAUUAGUUAUCAAAAAUCGUGGCCUGAAAGAGGUGAGACUCUGUCAUAACUCCCACUUUAUUUUUUUCCUUAGUUGCAUAAAUCCUCACUCAUCUCUCCUUCUCUUUUUUUCCUCUUUCCAUACCACUUUUAAAUCAUUCCAUUGUUAGAAGUCACAGGUCAGGUCUCCAUGAAUCCAUGUUUAUAUGUUUGCUUUGAUCUCUUACACGCUAACAACAUUCCAACGCAUGUGAUGUGCUGCAGAUCGGAUUAAAGAGUGUGUUGGUGUGUUUUUGUUUGUAUGCAUGAAGAUAAACAAAUCAUGUUUAAAAAAUGUUUUUCCUGUUGGCUUGGUUGUUCUGCAAAAAUGAAGUGAAAUUGAAAAAGUUGUGUUGUGUGCAUAAAUGUACAUGUUAUUUUUGUGAUGCCUCACAUCCACAUUCUCACUUUAGGAAUACACUGCAAAUAAAGAACAAGGUGUUUAAUGUAUUCACACUGUUUUUCCUUCAGAAUGCUGCAUUUUUUUGUAUGCAGCGUCUUACUAUUUUGCCUACUACAACCUUGACUUUAACUUGUACUUAAACAUAACUAGGAGGUUUACUAUGUUGUUGAUCCCAUGCUGAUAUGUUUUUUUAGCUUAAGCCUAGUCCUUGCCUAAAUCUCUGGCAUAUAAUGUGUGUUUGGUAUGCUCCAUGUGCUUCACUUAAUCAUGCUGUUAGAUAUUCUUGUAUGUUUAUGGGAACAAAUUGUCCCAUAAUCCCUUUUCUGCUGCUUCUGCAGUGUAGCAUUAUUCACUUUCCUUGCCGCAGUUGAUAAAACAGUUCCUUUAUAUGUUAUUGAUAAUUUAGUAGUCAUUCAUGUAACAUCCUUUGAAACCAUCUUAGUGUCUCAAGUUACCAAUUUCUCGCACAUGUAACUGAUGUUCUUUAGACACUAAAGUCUAUUGAUUCAAAUUAUUAAUGCAUUGCAGCCAACAGUUAAGCUCCAAAAUGUGUAAUUGGGCUUUCUGUGCUUUAGACCAAUGGAUAUUUUUUUCCCCAAGGAUUUUGUUUGGCGUUGAUAUUAAGGCAUUCUAUCUGUUUUACAUAUGACCUAAGGCACAAGUAGGCAAAAUGAGGUGUUAUCCACUGUUGUCAUUUGUUGGUUGUUUACUGCAGAAGCUAAAAGGGACUAAGUUAGAGAUCAGUCUAUGAAUGCCAUGGGUUACUAGCUAACUCCUUUAGCAGAUUUAAAAGUGUGAUUGCUGGUUUCCUGUUACAUGAUCAUCUCUCUCCCCUUUCCACCCCCGAAUGGAAGUGUAGUAAAAUAAUCUUCAUAGUCAAAUUGGAUUUUCAUAUGUUAAAUCUUUAGCUAUCUGGAAAUGUUGUGUUCUGUGUUCUAAAACAUCUGUAUUGCUUCAAUAACGGUCUGAAAUGUUGGUUGUUUUGUGAUUUUGAUGAGAUAAAGUUUGCAACAUGGAAUAGGUUUAUUUUAUUGCAUGAUUUUAAUAGUUGCCUUGCAGAUUCAAAGACCUUGCAGUCCCUGUUCAUAACUUAUGUAAUGUUAUUUAAUUAAGUUUUAUGAUAUAAAUCGUGUUAUUCUUACUGGUUCUAGCUCUAGCCAAGAUGUACUUUCUCAGUUUUACAUAUAUUCUCAGAGGUAUUAUGUGUUACAAACUCCUCUUUAGGGUAUGAAGCAGAAUUAUGAUGAUUAUGCAGACUCUGAUGAUGAUCAGCAUGAUGCUUACCUGGAGAGAAUGAAAGAAGAAGGGAAAAUUAGGGAAAAUGCAGACAGUGAUGACUCUGGAGAUGAAACUGGUGAGUGUUUGCAGACGUUUUUAAGUGUAUUGUUGAUAGAUAUGGAUGAGAUGAGGAACUGGAAAAACUUAUGUUGGUUGAUAACUGUCCUCCCUUUUUUUUUUUUUUUUUUUUAGAUGAGUCAUUUAAUCCUGGUGAGGAAGAAGAUGAGGUUGCAGAAGAGUAAGUAGUCUGAUUUAUAAAGGAGAUAGCUUAUCUAACCACGCUCACCUCCAUGAGUAUCUCACAAAUAAAAUGUUAUUCUGAAGGAACCGUUUUACUUUUUAGUUAUAUAUUCUUUUCACAUGUUGCAGGUUUGACAGUAACCCCUCAGCUAGCUCAUCCAGUGCUGGCAGUGAUGAAGAGGAGGGUGAAAAGAAAGAGAAGAAGAAGAAAAAGCCUGUAAAAACAAAGCCGGCAGAAAGAAAACCACGAAAGAAGUCAGAGGUAAAUAAGAUAAUUCUGUCACCCUCAGAUGGCUCCUCAUCAAUCCAGUAUAUUGCUUUAAGGAAAAUCAGACACAUACCUCCCAACUCUGCCAACCUGUGCCCUGAACAUCGCACAAGCGCUUAUAAUGAUGUGUCCAAUCAGGACAUUUGGGAGGCGUGAAAUAACAUCCUAAAUUACUUUUAUUUCUGACAUUUUUCCAGGGUAAAAAACAGAAAGACCCAGCUGCUCCCAAGCGUCCAAUGUCGGCCUACAUGUUGUGGUUAAAUGCAAGUCGGGAGAAAAUUAAGAGUGAAAACCCAGGCAUCAGCAUAACCGACCUAUCUAAAAAAGCUGGGGAGAUAUGGAAGACUAUGACUAGUGACAAGAAGGAGGUAUACAAUGCUCAAUCCACUUUGUGAAAGGACGUUUGGAAAUUAAACACAUGUCAGCUUUUUUCAGUGCUAAACCAUCUAUAACUUGCCAGUUGCUAGGAGUAGAUCAGGUGCUCUGGAAGUCAAAGACCAGAGCCAUUGCUGACUAUACUGAGUAGAGCAUAGCUUCAGAGUGCUGUUCUUGGGUGAGCUCUGAACAUGGUGGCUCAUGUUGUGGUUAUGCAUGAUGUUACUAUAGUCUUAAGGGAGUAGAAUUUGCUAAAACACAGCUCCCAUAAGCGAAUGGGAGUUCUCUAAUGUCUUAUGACAGGGCUUGACGAAUUUGUUUGAAAUCUAGGAAAAGUUAGGAGCCAGAUUUUUUUCAACGUCAAAAAUACAAUUCUUUAAGGGACACUAUAGUCACCAGAACCACUACAGCUUAAUGUAGUUCUUCUGAAGUCUAUACACUGUCCCUGCACGCUUUUCAAAGUAAGCACUGCGUUUUCAGGCUAAAGGCAGGGUUUACAUUGCUGUCUGGUAACAUCUCUAGUGACAGUCACUCAGAUGGCAUCUAGAAGUGCUUCCUGCGUCAGUGCUGCAGUGUGCAGCACCUUCAUUAAUGCUCCCCAUAGGGAUGCAUUCAUUCAUGGCAUCUCUAUGAGGAGAAGUUGAUUGCGCAGCAUGGUGUUUUGCCGCGCAUGCGCAAUAGUCUCCCAAUGUGUGUGUGUGUGGUUUUUUUUUUAUUUUUUUUUUUUUAUGGGAAAGCACUGGAUUUCCUGAGAUCAUCAAGAUUGAUCUCCGCCAUUGAAGCACGGCGUGGGAAAAAGGGUGAGUAAAAACACCUUUACCAUGUGAUUGGAGGGGGCAUGUCACCUAAACAUACUCUCGCUGUCGGACAUGCACAUAGACGCUCCUCGUGUCCGCUGACGUACGUGUGCCCUAUGGGGCAUUACUAAUGGGUCCGCGCGCACACACUCUCGCUGGCGCACACUCACUCAAUGACUGACACACAUCCACUGCAACACUCACAAAUCAUUACUCUUAUUUUAACCUUGCCUGCCUAUCAGCUUUCCCUGGGGUCCUGUUCGGUGGUUGUCAUAUCUCUGCUCUGCUCUCUAGAGCGCUGUUUAGUGAUGGGGGCUGGAAUUAUGUAAUUUUCCAGGUCUCGUCAUCACUGAAGGGCGUACGAGGGAGCAGAGCAUGGAGAUUAAAGCUCCCUCGCCGCCUCCCUCCUCAUUCAGCCUCCCUCAUUGAACCACCUGCGGCCCUCAUACAGCCGCUGGCAUCCCUCCCUCAGCUCUCAAUGAGCCAACCGCAUGCCUGACCACCUCAGCCCUCCGUAAGCCGACUGCCCGCCUCCAAUCUCGGGCAGCCGGUCACCUCAGAGGCUGAACAGGCCCACAAAUUUGUUGAGUUCUAUCUUAUGAUACCAUUACAAAGCAAUUGGGAAGUGAAGUAGCAUUGAUGAUUGUAGCGGACCCAGGGUAACCCAACUGGUUACCUCCGCUAAUUCCCUUCCUUCAUGUGGUUUUGUACCACUUACAUGGUAAAGAGACCCAUUUCCACCCCAGUAACUGGACAAGACCUAGUUCUGGAGGUACAACGCAAGUUUAUUGGCCACACACUCCUCACCCUCUCCAAAAGGGCCCACAUCAAUCUCCGAGAUCCUAGCCUUGGUCCCUCGAUCGACUAGGCUUUGUUCACAAGGUCCUGGUGUGAAACACAGACAAGGGAAGCGUCUCCUUUCGGGGUAUAAAUGCUCCCCCUGGAUGGCGUUCGGCUGUACGAAUGGCGGCCACCCAGGGGAGCACUCAUUAAUUACUUCCCUUGCAGUUUCACACUUAUGUUGCAGGUGCGAGCAUUCUGAUUAAUUGGUGUCAAUGUUUUAAUGGGCCCCCGGGGAGGCCAUUGUUCGGGAUACGAACGAAUCUGGAAACAAUCCACGAGUGCUCCCCCUGGUAGCGUUCGUCUGUACGAAUGGUGGCCACCCAGGGAAUCACUCAUUAAUUGUUUCCCUUGCACUUUGCGGUUUUGACACGUAAGUUGCGUGGUGAGAACAUUCUAAAUGAGGUAUUGGGCUGGUCCCCGUUCGGGUGGUGAAUGAAUUCCCUUCGUGGAAGCACUCCCGAAUGGGGAGCCGGCACAACAAAACAAAAUAGAGAGAAAACACACAAAUAUUACAAGCUGAAACCACACGAACCGGCAGUGGUUCCGCCACAUAGAUAAUGAACCAUCGUGUACUGAUGGGUAGAGAAAGAUUUGAUAGGGACAGACAAGGACAUAUAGCAGAAGGUGACAUGGAUAAAAGAGGGAGAGCAUACAGAAAGUUGACUUUAGCGGAAUCGCAUUAGAGGUGACAUGGAUAAGGAGAGGGAAGGGACAUAGACAGAGGUGUAAUGGAAGAAUGAGGAGAGGAAGGGGCAUGGCAAAAGUAAGAAAGGAGAAGUAAAAGACAUUGACCAUCUUUGGGAUUAAUUGUAAUGCUGAUUUAGCCAGACCAUUUGUCAAAUUUGGGAGUUACAUAUAACAUAACAGCAAUGUGAAAGUGAUUUAUAUUUGAUCACUGUAUAUUGUCAUAAAUUAAAAGACAAAAGAACUCUUGCAGAUAUAUUCGAUAUAUUUUCAAUAUUCCUAUAGACACAAUCCAAAAUCUUGAGGAAAAACCUUCCCAGCAGAGUGGCAGCUGUUAUAGCUGCAAAAAGUUGUGCAAACUCCAUAAUAAUACUGUUCUGGAAUGGUGUGUCCAACAUGCCCAUAGAUCUAAUAGUACGAUGUCCAUUUUUCAAUCAUGUCUGAGUGAUUUUUAAAUGUUUUUGUUCAAUAGCGUAAUUUCCAGGUCUAUUUGAAAGCAAUGGUGUUGUGUAACUGUUAAAACAGAGGAUGCCAAGAUGAGGUAUACCCUUGAAGUUCCUUAUUAUCCUUUCCUUUUUAUGUCAUGUUGUUUGGAGUUGAGAUUGAAUCAGGCAAAAAGCUUGAGAAAUAGUGUACCAAGAAAGUAUUGGGAGAAAGCAACUUGUGCCUGUGCCACAUAAUAACCAAAAUAUAUAUGAAAGUGAUGAGCCAAGUCGGGCGAAACGCGCGCGUCAGGGGCUUCUCACAUGCUGUCUCUAACCAGGGAAUGACAGCAACUCUUAUCUGUCCUCUUGUUAUUUAGAUUAUAUCUUGGCAUGGAAAGACUUAGGUGCCUUUGAAGGCACGGGGAAGAGUAGGUAGUGUGGAGUUUAUUUAGCCUUCUCUAGUACCUUUUAUAUCACCACUCAUCAGACUGUAUUGGUGUGGGAUUACUUAGGUGCCCUUGAAGGCACGGGGUGAGCUGUUAGUGUGGAGUUCACCAUAAUAGUAUUUCUAUUAUACUAUCAUCUCUAUCUUUCCUGUUACAACUACUUCUACUGCUAUAUUUUUUUUGUGUUGGCUACAGGUCCUAUCACUACAGCCUGCACCUGCUAUUUCACAAUCAAGCUAGUUCCAUUAGAAUCUCAGUAUGCUACUAGAUUGUCUAUUAUCAGCAUUAUCAAUAAUUACGGCACAAACCAUCAGACGCCGUAAUUAUUUCAGCCUCUAAUAGUAUCUAGCAUUCAACGCUUGUAAGUUCUGACUGCUAUAUAUGCAGAAUUGAAUCACCACCGAUCGGUAUCACCUUUGCUACACCUAACCACCUAUAUGUUAGGACUCGCAGUCUCUAUACCGAUAGCUACUGACAGUUUUCUUGAGCUAGAAGUAUUCAUUUGCUUGUAGCUUAUACGGUCAUAUUAAGCAGGAUUGUCUUAACUGACUAUAAAUAUAUGCUUAGACCUAUAGUCUCCACAUCGCUAUUUUAGCUUCAAGCAGUGAAAUUAUUUGCGAUCUUUGACAAGUAUCUAGCAAUCAUAUGCUUGCAUUAUUUGCCACCCUGACAUUUUCCUGCACUCCAUCUACUCCCCUAUCAUCACAUUAGCCUUUGUCUUCCCAUCAGCACAGACGUGUGCUGUUAUUUAUUACCCUUAUAUCUUUAGGACAUUAGAGUUAAUUUUGCAGAUUACUAUACUGCUUUAAUAUAUUCAUCUAUUGAUACAUUUAUCGAAUUACUCUGAGACACAUUGAUACAUGUAUCUUAUAUCAUUUUAUCAUAUUGAAACUUAACUGAUGCAAGCAUCUUUAGUAAAUCAGUUUUGUCUCACUGAUACAUGUAUCACUACAACAUUUUGUAUUUAUUUAUUAUUAUUAUUUAUUAUUACUCUUUUUGUUUUUCUGUACUUUUGGGUUUAUUGCCAUUUUUUUUAUACUAUUUAGUAUUCAAUAAAUUCUUUUUUGUUUUCUGACCUUUGGUCUUUUUAACUCAUGCUUCAGACUUUCAUACAUUUUUUGGUUAUUAUGUAGCACAGGCACACGUUGCUUUCUCCCAAUACUUUCUUGGUACACUAUUUCUCAAGCUUUUUGUCCAUUUCUACUAGGGGUUACCCCCCUGUUUUCAGUGUACCUUAUUUGGCUGUAUUUAGUUAGUUUUCAAUAAGAGUGAAUCAGUGCCUAUAGUCUUUAGCAUACUGUUUGUUUUCAUCAUAGUUUUUAAUAUGAUUAAAGAUGUGAGCAUUAGAAAUUUGGUCUGUGGACAGCACUGUUCUUCUGAAGGAUAGCUUCUUCUUUAAGAGUUACUCCAACCCUUUUAAUCUAUUUUAUUUAUAAUUUACAAUGCCAUAUGGGGAAUUACUAAUGGGUCCACACUAGUGAUGUCGCGAACCGUUCACGAACUUGCCGCGAACGGUUCGUGGCGAACUCCGGUCAGCUGACACAUCCCUGCCAAUCUCCGGCAGACCCUCCCUCCCUCCUACUUCCUGGACAGCAUCCAUGUUCAACAAAUGACUCUUUGGUGAAACACGUGGAAUUUUUUUUUUUUUUUUUAAAUCUUGUUCCUGAGGUAUUAUGCCUAAUUUCAGGAUCAAGUGGAUGCGCUAUAAAUUCGUUGUGAUUACAAUGUGUUCUACAGGUUAUCUUUGGUUAAAUAUUCUACAAAGUCAGUGUCAGCGCUUCAAGUAGUUCUCCCCUUAAUAAAAAGAAAAAAUCAAUAUGAUAUAGUAAAUCUAAUCCUGAUUCACCUCCUCAGUGGUGAAUAUACAAAUCAAAAAAUAUAUUGUGGUCAGAAGUGAAAUGAUGUAGUAAAUCCACAGUUCAAGACUGUAGUAAUGUCUUUGUGGAAAUUAUUUCAAACAAAUGAAAGUUCAAACACCAUUUAUUCAUCAAGUAGAUAAAAGCAAAAAUUCCUUGUAGAAAAUUAUAUAGAAAAGAUUAAAAUAACGGAAGUGGUAUAAGGGAUGUGAGUAACCACUAUAAAGUCCAGAACAUGCAGUAUGAGCAGUGAGUAGAUAAGCCCUUCUGUUAGAGCAGCUGGAACUGUGUGAAGUCCUUUCUUUCAGCCGCAAAAGUUGUAACCAAACCUGAGGGAUGCCGUUACUUCAAACCGCUGGAUAUGUGCUGGAAACUGAGAAGGUAGAUAAAUGUAAGCUUUGUCCUCAGCAUCAACGCGUUUUGCCCAUGCUUGACGAGGUUUUUAAAGAUAGUGAGGAGUCCUUCUGUCAUGAUAUAUAUAUAUAUAUAUAUAUAUAUAUAUAUAUAUAUAUAUCUAUAUCUCUCCUGUGUCAGGAUUUCUUAAAGACACAUGUCUCCUUUUGUUGCAGGACUUUUCAUGUUUUUAACCAACACUUGUUUUCAUUUUGACAGUGCAUUUGUGAAAUAAGGAACACCUAUAUCCAUAUACUUGUAUAUUAUAAAGAUUCAGAAAUUUAUACAGCAUCUUAAAAUCCGUAUAAAAUAUAUUGAGGAAAAACACGAUAUGAUUAAUGAUAAUAUAGCACAUAGAGAGAUCAAUGUAAAUGGGAUUGUGGAUUCACUUAUUUUUCAGAAAUUUACCUAAAACAAUCUGAAGCCAUGGUAGACAAAUAAAAAAAUAUAAUAACUCAUAAGAUUAUAUCCGUUAUAUUUUUUAAUUUGUCUACCAUGGCUUCAGAUUGGUGUGUUUCUGUAGCUUUUCCAGUUAAUUUACUAGAUACAAUUGUAAUCCAAUCUUAGGGGUCCAUUUUUUUUGUAAUCCACACUGUUUUUCAAAGUCCUUAACAGAGCCCUCAGUAUCUUCUCUUCCUUCAGCAAAGGUUUUAAAUUCCUAGAAGGGAAAUUGCUUCUUUUCUCGUACCUCUUGUUCUCGGAGUGUACUAGCUCCCCCAGGCAUCAACUCCGGUAAAUUUCCCAUCACCUUUAGAUUUGUCUCCUGUGAAGUUUUAGUCCAAAAACAAAGAUGCAACACCUGAGUUUCUUGAUUAAUACCUUCUCAGUGGGCAGAUUAGCGCUUAGUGCUCUCACAGUCUCUUUCCAAGAGUGUGGUUAUUACCACUGCCUUACAAUUUUGUUGCUGGCUGUCUGCCCUCUGGAUUCAAACAUGUCUUUCAAUGUGGUACAUUCAGUCAGCUGAAUCCACUGGACUGCUGUGGUCUGAGAGGGGCCUCUCAAUUCUCCAUUUGUGAUUGUUUAAGCACCCCAAGAGGAGGAAAUCCCACUGGGCACAUACCUAAUCAACACCUGUCCCACCAUGUUUUCUGUCCCUUCUUUUCCGGGAUCAGGCACUAUCUUUCAGACCGAAAUUGAUACGUUUGUCUACUGCUUCAACUCGGUCAGGAAUUGGUCCCAAUGCUUGCUUGGUCUGCUCACCCAGGAACCAAUCACCCCACACUAUCUUUGACACUUUUUAGCUUUCAGGGUUAGAUCUUUGCCUACAGAUCUUAUAACUCUGAAGCUGAUCCCAAAUACCAGGGAGCAGUGCAGCCAGAAGACAGGCCCUUCGACUCUUCCGCUGUGCUCCUUGAAAGCAACCUGCUCCAACACUGGAAAAAGGAAGUGAAUUAUAUUUUUUUAUUUCUAAACUGGAACUAUAGCACUUUAAUGGUCUUUUAAUUCAACCAUUUAAAUUAGACACCCAAGCCACUUCAUUGAAGUGGCAAGGGUGCAGUGAUCCUGUUCUCCUUGCCCUGCAAUGUAAAUCAUUGCAGUUUUUAUGGAAUUGUAAUGUUUCAUUGCAGGGUUAAAUCCUCCUCUAGUGGCUGUCAUACUAACAACCACUAGAGGUGCUUCCAUGGCACUGACCAAGUAAACCUCACUCACUUGACGCGGAAGCUCUCAUAGGAAAGCAUUAAUUCAAUGCUUUCCUAUGGAGAAGCUUGGAUGCAGCGUUCUGGUGCACAUGCGCAUCAAGCAGCACCGAAGGAGUAUAUAUGCUUUACAAAAACGGGGGCGUGGCUGACUGAGCAACAGUACAGACGUCUAAGAGACGAGCUCUGCUAAAGCACUGCAAAAAGAAAAAAAAGAAAUAAUAAGCACCUACAAGCUGACAUCCCACGUCCCCACACUCAGAGACCGUUAUGUGGUAAGAAAAUUUAAAAAUCAGGCACCAAGAGACACCAAGAAUGCCCGAUAUCAGGCUUUCAUUCGAGAGGCCCACUCCACAGGCUCCCCCCAAGAUGGCGUCGGAAGCCCAGAGUGAAGGAGAAACCUCGGAGGAAUCCCGAGAAUGGGAAGAGAGGACUCCUUCACCGACAGGCAGCAGUAUACAGACAGACUCUGAGACAGAGGGGGAUUCUUCGCCAGCAACACGAAGAGACAUAAGAAAUCUCCUGCAAGACUUCAGAAAAAUAUGGCUGGCUGACCUCCAAGAGGCCCAAGCAGACCUGGGUACGCUCAAACACAGAAUUGAGUCCAGGGAAACUACACUGGACACCCAGAUGCAGACUACACAAGACCAAUUGGUAAAAUUGACCACCCAGAUUCAGAAACUUACUCGGGAGGUGACGGUGCUAGACUCCAGACACAGACGCCAAAACAUGCGCAUCAGAGGGGUCCCAGAGCAAAUUGGAGGGACAGAGCUGCUCCCCUUCCUGCAGAGAAUGCUGGCCUCCAUGGGUCUAAAGAGGGGAGAGAGCAACCCGCUGUAGGUGUCAGCGUUCCGGAUACGCAAAUCAGUGACGGCACCCAUGGAAGCACCCAGAGACCUCAUAGCAGUGACAACGGAUGUGGUGGCGAGAUCAGCAAUCAUGACCCGCUCCAGAGAUAUCGGCCACAUCCGGUUCGAGGUCAGCAUGCUCGUGAUCUAUGUGGACCUGCCAUUCGCGGUACUACUGGAAAGAAGGCAGCUGGCCCCGGUUGCAAAGAGACUGCGAGACGCAAAUCUUAAAUUCCGAUGGAGAGUAGACGGAACGCUGGAGGUCCCACAAGGCGACACAAUAUUGACCUUGGCCUCGUCCGGAGACCUGGACGCGUUCCUCAAGAGCCUGAACCUGACACUGUCAAAACCAGGGGAAGCUUAGCCGGCCUGUCCAAGAGAGCAAAGUACUCCUAAAGCCAGCACCGUGAGACCUCACCAGCAACCACCAGGGGUCCUAACCCAGCGCAAAAGAGGGAAGAUAAAACGCCUAGCUCCCGCCUAACGCACCUACACCCACCCUCCAUAAGGUACCUCCAUAGCACUUAACCACUUACAUAAGCCCCCUUUCUUGCAUGCAUACCACACCUGGUCAAUGUCUCUCUUAACAGAAGAGACAUUGGUCUAACUCACUGGACUUUCCCGACAAGUACAAGUACAGUGACACUCUCCCAAAUAUACACUUGCUAAGUUGUUGAGAAUUCUAAUGUGACUUUAAUCGCCCCCAGCCAGGAUGUGAAGCCAUACAUAUGUCUUAUUCUUAUAAUCCAUACAAUGAAAAAAAUGUGUUAUUGCAAGUAUCGCACCAAUAAAAUAUAAAUUGAAAAAUAUUGUAUCCCUUUUAAUGUGAUAGAUUCAAAGCAGUACAUAAAACAUAUAGACAACAAUGAAAACAAUAAAAUAUUUAACUGUAAUGCACGGGAUCAUCAGGGGAAAUAUAAAAUCCAAAUCACAGAGCAUUCUACAUACAUUAAAAAAUGUAUGCAAAUUAUUGUUAUUAUUAGCGUUAUAUUCUUAUAGCGACAACAAAUUCCAUAGCGUUUUACAUUGGAUGGACUAACAAACAUGUAAUUGUAAACAGACAAGUUUGACACACCGAAACAGAGGGGUUCAUGCUAGAGGGAAUGGGGUAAAAUGACACAAAAGGUAAGGGAAGUAGAUUGAUAGAAUAGUAUUCAGUGAAGACUUAGUGAGGGUUUUUUUUUGGAGCCAUUAACAGUUUAAUUGAUAUGCUUUUGUGAAAAAGUUAGGUAUUUAAUGUUUUGUUGUUUGUUUUUUUUUUUUUUGUUUUUUUUGGAGUGGAGACUGGGUGAGCGUCUAACGGAAAAGUGAAGGGAGUGACACAUGAACGGUGCAGCCCUAGAGAAGUCUUGGAUACGAGCAUCAGGGGCGGGAGUACGAACAGAGUUUAGACGCAGGUCUUCGGCAGAGCAUAGGGGCCUAGAUGGGGGGCCUAGACUGGUAUAUUAGGGAGGAUAGAUAGGUGGGAGUAUCAUUAAAUAUCUACAUAAUGCUGCUCCCACCUAUCUAUCCUCCCUAAUACAGAAGUAUGUCCCGUCUAGGCUCUUACGCUCUGCAGAAGACUUACAUCUAUCUUCUGUCCGUACUCCCACCUCUGAUGCUCGUCUUCAAGACUUCUUGAGGGCUGCACCGUUCCUGUGGAACUCCCUUUCCUCCUCCUGCUCACCCAGUCUCAACUCCUUCAAAAAAUCAUUAAAAACCCACUUCUUCAUAAAAGGGUAUCAGUUAAACUGUUAAUAGCUCUCGACUGACUCCUCUGUUGCAACUGUCAUUAGUCUAAUACUAUCCUUACCUUUUGUGUCACUUUACCCCACUCCUUCUUGCAUGUACGCUUAUUAAACAGGGCCCUCAAAUUAAUUUAAACAUUUUUUUUUUCUUAAAUCAAUGUAAGCUUUCUGUAUCAAAUGCAACUUUAAAGAGAUGCUCUAACUUUAUCACUUUAAUGAUUUGACGUGGUCAUGAUGCUUGGAGUCUGUAUGUUUAGCGUUUCAAUAAAAAACACCACACGUACAGCUUUAAAGCACUUUACCUCUACCUCCAGCAGUAUCAUUCGCUUUUUCGGAACAAGCGUUAAAGGAACACUGUAGGGUCAGGAACACAAACAUGUAUUCCUGACCUUGUAGUGUUAAAACCACCAUUUAGGUGGCUUGGCCCCUUUUUAGAAGGGAUUAGAACAUACCUUAUUUUCAACACAGCGUGGGUCCGCCGGCGCUGGCGUUAAUCUGUAGGUAAAGCAUCGGAUUAGCUAAAAUCGCCAUGGGGCGGGCCACACGCCAUUUUGCCCAAACAGCACCUCCUCAUAGAGGUACAUUGAAUCAAUGCAUCUCUGAGAAAAUAUCAGCGUCUCCAUGCAGAGCGUAUACUCACCAGAACUACAUUAAGCUGUAGUUGUGCUGGUGACUAUAGUGUCCCUUUAAUCUGAAUUCUGUGCAUAUUGGGCAUCUGUUGUCCGCAUACAGCCUUACCUCUCUGCUGUCAAAGUCCUCCCCUCAGCCUGUCCUCUGGGAUCAGUUAGGCGAUGCAACGUCACCAGAGGCAAAUUGGGCUGCAGAGUGAACUUGGCCUUGAAAUGCAGGUCCGUCUACUAGGUUGCACGGGGUAGCAUGCUAUCGAAAGUUACAAUGGCCAAAAUUUACAUAGUAAGCCUCAGUUACAGAAUGUGCUACAGCUAAAAAACAUUUUGACUCUAUUUUAAAGUUUAUUGAAAUAAACAACUAAUAAAGACCAGCUCCACAAAAAAUUACCACUGGUAAAACGUAUCUUUUCUUAGUAAUUUCUAAAUGUGAACUGUAAAGUGAAGGAAAAAAGAAGCAUACUCUUAACCACCCAACAGUGUUGAUGUAAAAAGUGCUCAAAGUGCACCUAAUGUUAAUAGACCAGGGCAUUCACAAAAUAUUUUUUUUUUUUUUUUUCUCUGAUCAUGCUAGCUUAGGUGGAAAAUUAGUCAUGUCACUGGAAUCAUUUGUAGCAAGGGCUAUUAGAAAAAAAAGUGCUUCUGUAUCGUGAAUUUAUCAUGAUUCCCAUUUAUUCCAGAAGUUUGGUCCUUAAGGGGUUAAAGGAUACAGUGAUCACAUUUUAAACCACAGUUUGCUGCAGUUGGAAUAAAGGUUUAUGAUUGGAACUGAAUAAAUGCUUGAAAUCGUAUAUUAUGUUUGAUAUGUGUCAGUAUAUAAGUAGAGUCCAGAGUUUUAUAAAAGUAAUAGCACUGCUAUAUUUAGAAAAAGUCCUUACUUGUGGAGAAUGGAUUAUAAUUAAUGAUUAUCAAUACAAAUAAAUAUCAAUAGAGGAAAUACACAAAUGUAUCUAAUAAGAGAUGGAAUUUCACAAUUAGUGUAUAAUCAUUAGAUAUAAGAGAUGAAAUUUCCAAGCUUAAAAAGAUUACGGUGAACCAUCUGCAGUUAUUAAACCUCUAUAUCAGUAACAGAGAUAACCAAAAGCUUACUGGUAGAAAGAAAAUCAAACAGACAGGUAAGACUAUUCUAUUCUAAUAGUUCUAAAAUUAAUAUAAAGGCUCAUAAGAUGAGGUCAACCUUGUCAAACAGGGAAAUGUAUAGAAAAUGGCUUAAUGGAGAAAUAAAACUCCCAAUAAGAGACCGGUAUCACAUCUAACCUAAUAGUCUAUCACUGCUUCGAGGCAGUCCAAACUAAACUUCACUGGGCCCCUCUAGCCAGAUCAGAUAGCCCCCAAAUGAAACACCACUUUCUGAGAUAAAACAAUAGUAUAAGCUUGAUGCACAUUUUGCCGCAAAGGCACCAGUGUGUGCCAAAAUGCGCUUCAAGCUUAAACAGGUUUUCAAAAAAAUUAAACUACUCUGUAUUUGACCUGCACAUUGUGCUAGCAGAAUUGCCAGCAAAUUAAUACACGUUAUCAUGUACAUAAAACACGGUCCUUCCUCUUACUUUUCACAGUUAUCAGAAUUUAGGGAGAACCCUCCUACAAAUCAUUAUCUUGCUCUGUGUCAGCUACAGUACAUGUCACUUAAUUCUCACACUAAUACAUUGAUAAUAAAGUCAGAGUGAGAGCCUCAUUGUCCCAGCUUGGAGAAGUGUUUCAAUGCAGGACCAAUUGUGUCAGAGUGGGCACGAAGUAUAUGAAGUAAUUGCCUGAAGUCUAAAGCUAGUAAUUUUGUUUAUAGUGGUGGAAUAUUUAAUAGAUAUGCUUUCCUUUUGUGGCUAAAACUAGUAUUUAAUUUUCUCCCUCAUUAACACUGUGAUUUACACAAACACACUUUAAAUUUUGUAACAAAUUUUUACUGGUCUUUCUUUGGUAGGAAUGGGACCGUAAAGCUGAGGAAGCUAAGCGAGCUUACGAAAAAGCCAUGAAAGAAUAUAAAGAUAGUGCACCCUCAGAGUCCAGCAAGAAGUAUGAAUAAUUUUAUCAAACUGUGAUUUUAUUUGAGAAUAUGCAUUGUAUAUUUGCAAAUCUGAUUUUUUUUUUUUGUUAGAUCUAAAAAAUCUAAAGAAAAGAAGAAAGAUGAAAAGCCUGAAAAGAGGAAACAGAAAUCUUCAAAAGGCUCUCCUCCAGCGAAGACACCCACUAAACCCAGUACAGAAUCCUUCAAAAGCAAAGAGUUUGUAUCCAGUGAUGAAAGUUCAUCUGAGGAAAGCACAAACAAGAAGGUGAGAAACUGGAUAUUUAGAAUGUUUGCUGAAUCAUGUAACAUUGCCUUACUUAAUGUUACUGUUAAAAUGGUAUUUGUUUAUUUCAGGGAUCAGAUGAAGAGAUAGCCAGCACUCCUCCAAGCUCCAAUGAAUCUGGUUCAGAUUAAGGGCCCACAGAGGACAUGGUGUCACGAAUCAUUCUUACAAAUCAGUGUUGUGAUGUUGGGACAGCAUUGGAGUGUUUAUUAAAUAUGGGAAGAUGUGUACAUUUCUAUGUGUAAUUGAAGCUAGAACCUGCUUAUAACCUUUUUUUUUUCUCCUUUCUUUUGUAAUAAAAUUUCUAGGUUUCCUUCCUGUUUUGGUGUUUUCACUUCCGCUCCUAUAUGUGUGAUAAAAGCAAUGAGUAAUUUGAUUCUUUACAAUUUACACCCCCUCUUUGCCCUUUAGCACUUAAAAGACGCCUCGUGGACGCUAAGUGUGUAUAAUUCAGUUAAAGAACCUUAAGUAGAGUCUCCUGAGUGCAAGUAAAGUGCAUCCAAUGUCUUAACAGAAGAUUGGAGCCCAUUUCACAAUCCAGCAAUGUAUUUAAAACAUCUUUAGGAAAAUUCAUGCAUGUUAUCUUAAUUUUGUAAUGG